UCCUUUUACCGCCGGUUCGGUCUUUCGUUCACACGCAACUACCUUUUUCCAUACACAAUCUUUAUUCUCUAUUUCAGAUACCCCAUCUUCCAACAAACACCAACAAAUCUCAAAAUGCAGUUCACCAUCGCUACCAUUCUCUCCCUUGCCGCUUUCGCUGCCGCCUUCCCCCAGCCCCAGAAUGCUGGUCGCCCUGUCGCCAACGGUGCUUGCUGCGUCGCCAACACCUCGUUGAAGCAAGACGUUUGCAACGUUAAUGGAUCUACUGGCCGCUGUGUCCCCUCCGGCUCGGCCAACUGCGGUGGCCAAUUGACCUGCGUCGCUGACGCUCAGUUGACCUGCGACAACUCCAAGCAGGAGCGCGGCAGGACCUUCUGCCGCAAGACCGGCGAGAACAUCGCUUAAAUGCGUAAUGUUCGGUACGGGGCAUAGAAGAGGGGAAGGGGAGGAGUGAUGGAGCUCGUUCACAAUACACACUGUACAAACACCUACACUGAUGGAUUGUAAAUAUUCACCAUCGAAUACCCAUCGUUUCUCACUUGAGAUACGAGACAGACUUUUCCU